AUGUCUAGUACGAUUUUACAAACUGUGCGUCGUAAUCAUGCAUCUCCAAAUACCGUGCACCAUGCGCUCUACGGAUAUGACUUCCUGGGAAUUCCAAGGAAGGAGCUCGCGCGGAUCUACGGAAAGUCGUUAGCGACAAUUGGCCAUUGGAUCAUUAGAUAUGAAGAAAAUGGAGUAUAUAAACGUAAGCAGCGACAGCAGGUGUACAAGAAAUUCAGCAUUGCAAUGAGGACAUGACUUUUUAACCUCUACCGCUGUGAACCUCUGCUGUUUCUUGAUGAAGCCAAACAGAGGUUCUAUAAGAAAUUCUACAUGUCGAUAAGUGUUUCAUCGAUAUGCAUCAUUUUGCAUGCGGCUGGGAUGACGUGGAAGUGCAUCGAGCGAACAGCCAUGCAAAUCAAGGAAGAAGAUAUAGUGAGAUUCAUCCGUGACUUGUUAUCAGUGUCAUGGGAUCUUCAGAAUCUCGUUUUCUUGGACUAGAUCAGCGUUGAAAAUCGAGACGUGUUUCGUAAGAAAGGAUAUGGAAUGGUUGGGCAGAAGUUACUUUACCGUGGCUAGUUUUGCAGGAAACUACGUGCGUCUUUUCUGUGUUUCCUUGGCGUAGGUGGAAUGCUGGACAGCUUUUCACGCAGGGUACUUUCACCAGAAAGAUUUUUUUUUUUUGAAUGCUGUCGACAGUUUGCCCCAAACAUAGUGGUCCAAACAUACCCUGGCAUGCAUUCUGUCUGGAUACUUGACGGGGCAAAAAUUCACUGUGACGCAAAUUUGAUACGCUAUUUACGAUCGAUUGGUAUAAUCCCAAUUUUUCUACCCGCGUAUUGUCCAUUAUUCAAUCCAAUCGAAUUUAUUUUUGGCCUCGUCAAGCGGUUCUUGAUAAAACAUCAUCAUGAGGGAUCCCCGAUUUUGCCAGAGGUCUGCGAUGCUAUAAGUCAAUUCAGGGUGUAUCGAUGUGUAAGGAUUUUUGAGCAAUGUGGUUACCUUCCCGGUGGUGUAUUUAUGCCAGAAAAGGCUCUUCAGAAUGACGUAACUCGUUUAGAUUUCAAUAUAAUUACAAGAUAG